AUGGCUACGACAAGGUCCAAAUCGAUGGGACUCCCCAAAUCAUUCUUGGGAUUUGUUCCUUUGUACAUAGGUGUGGAAAUUGCACUCGGGAUAUCCAUUAUAAAUAAGUGCAGUGGAGCUUACGGUAUCCUGGCAUUGUUCACCGGCCAUCCCUUAGAUUCCAUGCAAUGGGUCUUGUAUAUAUGGUCCAUUUUUACACUGAUCAUCUGCGUUCAAGGUCUCUAUCAGAUCCACAAGCCCAAUGUGCUGACCUUCUCACACAUCUUUAUUACAUUCAUCAUCGACACGUUAUUCACUUCUUUCUUCACCCUUUGGUUCACAGCACAAUGGUACAAUCUCGAGGGUAACUCCAACAACGUUAAAGACACUAAGAGUUCCUACAGCGAUGCACCAGUCGAUUAUUCAAGCAAAAUAGCGCACCAAGGUGCCAGUGAAGGUUUUGAGUACGGUGUGACCAUGUUCAUCACCAUUCUUUCCCUCGCAGGAAAACUCUACUUUACCUUCAUCAUUGCUUCUUUCGUGCAGGAGCUUUUAUUGCAUCCAAGGUAUAUGCUAGACCAAGAUGACGUCGAACAGGACUUGAAACAUCAGUCGUUUUGGAAAAGAUGGUGGAUCAAGAGCCAAAAGAGUUGCUACAAGAUGUCAAAAUCCCUCCUAGCUUAG